UAAACGAUUAUUGAAUAACAUACGCGUCGUAUCAUUUACAGUGUUAUUUUAGACAUGAUCUGUUAAAUAGUAUAUCAUAAAUUUCAUUUUAAUAUUUUAGUGUUAUUUGUGUAUUAAGGAAAAUUAAACUGUGAUAAUUUGGAAAAAAAUGUCGCGUGGCAAGAGCGCGUUUAAUCCUGUUAGGGCAUCAAAUUUGCCGUCUGGUAUCUUUCAGCUGAGGCAAUCCGAGGUAUCAGAAGCUGCCAGUCUGAGCUCCAGCAAGCAAAGUAGUAUUCCAGAACUAUCGAAAGCGGAAGAACUUGCGCUCAAGCGAACAAGUUCUGAAUUCGCUCCUAUAGGACAAGGUGAAAGUGAGUCAGAGACGCGGAUGGGGGACAAGAACGCGGAUGAUUUAAUGCACAAUUGGAGACCGUCAGCUGAUCUGAUGCAAAGUCUUGAUCGGGCAAGUGGUCCUCGGCGAACAAGCGAAUGGGAUGAAGACGAAUUAGAGGUGUCACAGCAGUCUUCAAACCCACCUGUCGAUAUUAUACCAUCUCAUGUUAGGGGAAGCACUCCGGAUAGCGUUGUCAGUUCAGGAAGAUUUGUUCUCGGCGGUAGUCAUGGAGAACGAAGACCUCUUGAUGCCGGACA